AUGGCUGAUACCACAAUUACCGACCUGGGCGCGCAGAAAAUCGCAUGUGGCAAGGGCUGUGUAGCAUUCCUGCCCAAACCAAAGAUCGUCCGAGUCCAUGCCUUCAAUUUCGGGCCACAAACAAUCGUUUAUAAUGUCCCUGUAGCGCUUACCGUUAACCGAAAUGCCAAUGAUGGCACCGUUCCAAAAUCUGCACCAAACUGUCACUAUCUGAGGAUGCAUUGGCUUCUCGACGAUCACGUGAUUUCACGGGUUUCCGGUCCACGAAGCCAAAAUGGUAAUGGAAAUUGUAAUGGUACUGGUACUGGUAAUGGUAAUGGUAAUGGUAAUGGUAAUUUAAAUGGUACUGCUUCUGGUGAUGGUAAUGGUAAUAGAAAUGGCCAUGGAACUGGUAAUGGUAAUAGUAACGGUAACGGUAAUGGCAAUAAUAAUGACAGUGGUAAUGGUAAUGUAAAGGUUAAUUUUAAUGGAAAUAAUAACGGUAAUGGCAAUAGCAAUGGUAGUGGGAAUGAUUAUGAUACUGGUAAUGGUAAUGCAAAUUUCAAUGGUAAUAGUAAAUGUUAUGAUAAUAGUAACUGUAGUGGCAAUGGUAAUGGUAAUGGGAGUGGAAAUUAUAAUGGUACUGGUUAUGAUAUUGCUCAUGGUAAUAGUAAUGAUAAUCGCAAUGGUAAUGGUAAUGAAAAUGAUAAUAGUAAUGGUAAUGCUUAUGCUAAUCAUUAG